CGGAUCCCAAACAGUCUGCAAACUCUAAGGAAGAUCAUUAGACAUCUGGAAGCCGAUCUUUCUUUAGUGGUGAACGAUUUGUUCUAGUCUUAAGGAAAUCCAUCAUGCGGGAUUUUCAACUAUCUCAGCCUGUCAGUGAACCUAGUCAAGUUUGUCCCGUUCCUGGGUGGUGCAACCAAUCCGUUCAGUUGGCCUCACUGACCCUGAUCCAGCAAACCAAGGAAGACUUGCUGGAGCCAUCCAAUAACCGAAGGUCGUCAGCUCAUGUGACAAGUCAAAGUCUUGGCAGCGCCAUGAACCCAGAAAAUGCUUUGGAACUUCUGGGACCGGGUUAUUCCAACCCUUUGGUGCGCAAAUACGCGGUGUUUCGACUCAAGCAAGCCGACGAUGAAGAGCUGGAGCUGUACUUGCUGCAAUUGGUACAAGCCCUUCGAUAUGAAAACCUGGAGACCAUCAAAGAAGGCCUUCAUAUUCAACUGAUGGAAUUCUACGAUAAGACCUUCGCCUCGAAUUUCAAUGAGGAAGAGGAGGAAGAGGAGGAUCCAAUGGAACAAAUGGACCUGAUUCGAUGUCACUCUUGCCCGCAUCUCUUUGGAAAGGCCUUUGAACAAAGAACCCAGAAACCAAAACAGAGGUUUAAGAGUGGUCCCGAAGUGUUGUUCUAUGAUCCUUCAUUGGAACGACUUCUUCGAUUCAAUUCAACCAAUCACAUGUUCCAUGGGACUCACCAAACUUGGCGGGAGACGUUUCCAUCUGGGAAGUACGAAGGCCUGCCAGUGCCAGUGGAUCUUAGGACGGAUCUAAGCACUUUUUUGAUUGAUAGGUGCUGUGGCAACUUCAAAUUGGCUAACUAUCUCUAUUGGUAUCUUAUGGUAGAAUGUGAAUCAAUUGGUACCGACAUCAAUAUCCAAGAGAUGUUCCUAAUUGUCUUGAAGAGGUUCCUAAUGAGAAUGGAACACACGUGCCCCGAAUGGAACGAAGAUUUUCAACAGCUUCAAAGACAGUACCAUUUCGUUCAGCGCUUAACUGAUGUGGUCACACUGGUCCAACAAGAUCCCUCUUCCCGUCCAAAGAAGGAGCAAUUGCUAAAGGAACAACUUGUGGCUCCUCGGAAAGACAUUGGAUUUAGUUUUGCGGACUUUGAUCCAAUUCCAUUACCCAUCAAACCCGACAAGAUAGUAGAUGGAAUAUUGCCCGGCAAAACCGAGAUCUACAAAUCGGCCAUGCUUCCAUCCAAGUUUGUGUUUCGCCAAUCUGACCAACAAGGCUACGUAAAAGUGAUUUUCAAGGUCGGAAAUGAUCUAAGACAAGACCAAUUCGCAUUGCAAAUGAUCGAUCUCUUCAAUAAGCUAUUCCUGAGUUCAGGCCUAGACCUUCAUAUCACGCCUUAUAAGGUGCUGGCUACUUCCACAAACAGUGGCUUUGUGGAGUACAUUGAAUCGCAAUCCGUGGCUAAUAUAAUCUCUGAGAAUGGCAGUAUUUUGAAGUAUUUCCAAAGGAUAUCUGCCAACCGAUCAGCCUUCAAGGCCAUCAUUUCCACAUUCGCUCGAAGUUGUGCUGCUUAUUGUGUGAUGACUUACAUCCUGGCUGUUGGCGAUCGUCAUUUGGACAAUCUUUUGAUUACCCCUUCCGGGGCCUUAUUCCACGUGGAUUUCGCAUUCAUUUUUGGCCGCGAUCCCAAACCUUUACCCCCUCCUAUGAAGCUCACCAAAGAAAUGAUAGAAGCCAUGGGAGGGUCUAAUUCGGCCACAUUCCACCAAUUCCGGCGGUAUUGCCAUACAGCCUAUUUAGUGUCACGCAGGAAUUCCGAGCUGAUUCUGAGUCUUCUAAGCCUCAUGUCAUCAUCAUCGAUCCCUUCAUUGGUGCCAGGUUCAUUGAACAACAAGAGCGAAGUCUGUCGCCAAAGCCAACCUCGAGCAAGAAGGCCCAUGGGUCAUCAUCAUAACCAGACAGAGACCCAGGCCACAGUGAUUGUCAGAGACCGAUUAAAGCUAGAUCUGUCCGAGCCGGAUGCCGUGAAGCACAUUGAUCAUUUACUUCAUCUGUCCUCCUCCGCCGUUGUGGCCACGUUUGUGGAGAGGCUUCACAAACUGGCACAAAGUAUGAGAGCCUAAAAGUUUUGUUUUCAAUUGUGGUCGUAUAUGUAGUUAUAGAGUGCUUAUGCAGCGGUGCAUUUUUUUAGCGAUGCAUGCUUAUAUAUCUACUUGCCAUAUGGAACAAUGUUAAAUCAACGUGUUUUGGAAGCAAUAUAUUCGUACCCCUGCCAUAAUGAAAA